UUUUUGGGCAUGAAUGCGGAGAACCACAGCAGUCCCAGGUUCGCAGAGAGAAGAGCCUGAGCACCGAGCAGCGAACAACUUCGUUCCUCAAACCUUUUAAUGCUGCGUUACGCUCGAAAUCUCCUCACAAAAACCUCAUCCGCAACCACCGCGAGCGCAGCCUCCUCGCCCAAUUUCCCCAAACGCUCUUUGCUUUCCGAAAACACUUUGUCAAAACACCACCACCAACAACAAAAGCUGCAACAAAAUUGGUCUCGUCGAUAUGUCACCGGCUCGGCCUCGAGCCCGAGCCUGUCGAUAUGGAGAAGAAAGAAGGAGAUGGGCAAGGAGGGUCUGAUCGUGGCCAAAGAGCUCAAGAGGCUCCAGUCCCACCCGGUCCGCCUCGACCGGUUCAUCCGGUCCCACGUGUCCCGCUUGCUCAAGUCCGAUCUUGUCGCCGUUCUCGCCGAGUUCCAGAGACAAGAACAGGUCUUCCUCUGCAUGAAGUUAUAUGAUGUGGUGCGCAAAGAAAUUUGGUACCGGCCAGACAUGUUCUUUUACAGGGACAUGCUUAUGAUGCUUUCAAGAAACAAAAAGGUUGAUGAAGUAAAGCGGGUUUGGGAAGACCUGAAGAGAGAGGAAGUUCUCUUUGAUCAGCAUACAUUCGGAGACAUUAUCAGGGCCUUUUUAGAUAGUGGGUUGCCCUUGGACGCAAUGGACAUAUAUGAUGAAAUGAGACAAUCUCCUGAUCCUCCAAUCUCUUUGCCUUUUCGAGUGAUAUUGAAAGGGCUCCUUCCGUACCCAGAAUUGAGAGAGAAGGUGAAAGAUGACUUCUUGGAACUUUUUCCCCAUAUGAUUGUGUAUGACCCACCUGAAGACUUGUUUGAAGAUCAAGAUUGGAAAAGGGAGAAGGAAGAUGAUUAGAUGGUGUUGCUGCUAAUGUGCUCAUUGCUCCAUAGGAGACUACUCUUCCCUGGCUAGAAGCCUAGAAGCAAGUAGAUGCCUGUGAUAAGUUGAUGCAGUUGCGGGUUACUUACCCAUGGUUGAUCUGCUCCUCAAUGGUCUUCCAAGUUUGGAAGCUCGCUUUUCAUGGCAUGCACUGUGCAUGUGGGGAUUGAGUAGCCCUUAUUGUCACUCCUCAGCAUGAUGUGUUUCAUGUGAUGCAAUUUUGAUUGGACUUGCUUGAAAAGAUGAUAAUAUUUUUGGUUGAUGCAUUUCUUGCAGAUUUGCUUGUUCCUGA